UCACGAUUUUAGCUAUCAAUUAACACAGUAUAUUACCCUAUAUUUUUAACCCCUUGUAAUUAUUAACACUCGAAAGCCAUAUAAAUUCAACUAAUUUGUUAUUAAAUAUGGCAAAGUCAGUGGAGCUCUCAAGUUUCGAUAAUUUAGUUGCUAAUUCUUUAACAGAAUCGGAAUUGGAGGAAUUUAACAGAAUUUAUUACGGGCGAAAAGAUCAUCGGUUUGUCCAAAUAAAUAAAUCUAAUAUUGAAUUUGCAAAACAUAAUAAUUUUGAUAUUGCAGCCUAUGAUUUUCCCGCACAAAAGGAAGAAACCAGACGACCGCGCAUUGUAAAAGUGGGUAUUAUACAACACUCAAUAGCUAUUUCUACUGAUAAACCAAUCGUAGAACAAAGACAGAGUAUUUUCGACAAAAUUCGAAACAUAAUUAUCGCUGCUGCCAAUGAAGGUGUUAACAUCAUAUGUUUACAAGAAGCUUGGAGUAUGCCUUUUGCCUUUUGUACUAGAGAAAAACAACCAUGGUGUGAAUUUGCAGAGUCUGCUAUAGAUGGACCCAGUGUUCAAUUUCUUAAGGAAUUUUCUGCAAAAUAUGGUAUGGUUAUAAUCUCACCUAUUUUAGAAAGAGACAAAAUUCAUGGUGACACAAUAUGGAAUACAGCUGUUGUUAUAAAUGAAUUUGGUGAAGUAAUGGGCAAGCAUCGGAAAAACCAUAUCCCAAGAGUGGGUGAUUUCAAUGAAUCCACUUACUAUUUCGAAGGAAAUACAGGUCAUCCUGUAUUUGAAACAAAAUUUGGUAAAAUAGCUAUAAACAUUUGUUAUGGAAGACACCAUCCUUUAAAUUGGUUAAUGUUUGGAGUUAAUGGAGCAGAGAUAGUGUUCAACCCAUCUGCUACUGUUUCUGGACUGAGUGAACAUUUGUGGUCUGUAGAAGCUCGUAAUGCUGCAAUUGCAAAUAGCUAUUACACAUGCUCAAUUAAUAGAGUCGGAACAGAAAAAUUCCCUAAUGAAUUUACUUCAGGUGAUGGACUACCUGCUCAUAAGGAAUUUGGUCAUUUCUAUGGAUCAAGUUAUGUCACUGCUCCUGAUGGUUGCAGGACACCGGGGUUAUCGAGAAACAAAGAUGGUUUACUUAUAACACAGUUGGAUUUGAACAAAUGUCGCCAAAUUAAAGAUAAAUGGGGCUUUACAAUGACACAAAGGUUAGAUUUAUAUGCUGAGAGUCUUAAAAAAGCUGUGCAACCAGAAUAUGAAUGUCAAGUCAUUAAAAAAAAAUGAAUCAAA